AUCCCUCAAAUAGCACCAAUUGGUUGAUUAAGCUUAUUUAUUAUUUUUUCAAUUACAUUUGUAAUUUUUAAUGUAAUAAAUUACUAUUCAUAUAUUCCUUCAAUACCUAAAUCAAAUUUAAGUAAUAAAACUCAUUCAACAAAGUCAUUAAAUUGAAAAUGAUAA